UUGUGCAAGUUCUCCCACUUAAAAAGAUGUGUAUUUGCAAAUUAUGGUGGAAAAUAAGUAUUUGGUCAAUUACAAAAGUUUAUCUAAAAUACUUUUAAAUUUAAUAUUUACGUUGUAAGUCAACUAGCUGGCUAAUGCUAACUAGCCAUUAUCCCCGAACAUGAGUUCACCAAGCUACUCUCCUCCUGAUAAAGAAGAGGUGGUUUGCUGGACGGAGAAAGAAGCUCUCGUGAAAGAGGAGGCGGAAGAGGAGGCUGUUACAAUACACAAACAAGUAGAGGGUGAGGGUGUUACUGUGAAAGAAGAAGAGAAAGACGCGUUCAGAGUGAAAGAGGAGGAGGAUGUUACUGUGAAAGAAGAGGAUGAAGAUGCAGUUUUUGGAGUGGAGGAUGAAGUGAAAGAAGAUGAAGACGUUUUUGGAAUGAAGGAUGAAGAAGGGGAGAUUACUGUCACAUUAGAGGAGGACGAAGAAGAGAAGACUGGAGAUCUGAUUAACACCAGUAAAUUACAGAGAGAGAUGUGAAUAUCGUGGAUCCUCUGGGGAGCCUCAAAAACUUCAUGAUGCUGACGAGACAGAGAAGAGUCUCUCCAGAUCAGGACACCUCAAGAAACACCAGCAGAGACCCACAGGAUAGAAACCACACUGCUGCUCUGACUGUGGGAAACGUUACAAAACUUCAUCAGAACUUAAAAAUCACCAGCAAGUAUACACAGGAGAAAAAUCUUAUAGUUGUGAUCAAUGUGGGAAGAUUUUUACUAAAUCUAGCAAUCUGACUAUACACCAGAGAACACACAGGAGAGAAACCUUUUAGGCUGUGAUCAAUGUGGGAAGAUUUUUACUAAAUCUAGCAAUCUGACUAUACACCAGAGAACACACAGGAGAGAAACCUUUUAGGCUUUGAUCAAUGUGGGAAGAUUUUUACUAAAUCUAGCCAUCUGACUAGACACCAGCGAGUCAGUGUGGGAAGUUUUACUCAGCUAAACAUCCUGAAAGAACACCAGAGAACACACACAGGAGAGAAAUCUCAUGGCUGUGAUCAAUGUGGGAAGAGAUACUCUGGUAAAAGAUCUCUGAUCAAACAUCAGAAAAAACAUACAUGAAGGAGUUGAAUUUGAAAAAUCAUAUCAAUUAAAUAAUGUCACAAUGUAGAAUGUUUUAACAUUAUAGUAGGAGUAUUUUAAUGAUGUCACAAUGUAGAACUCUAAAUGUUUGUCCUCUGUUCUAUUGGUUUCAACGUGAUAUGGAUAUUAGCCUCAGGGGGAAAAUCCAGGCUCUGAAUUGAAAGAGUUAUUAUUAGUUAUUUAACAAA